AGGUGACAGGCAUCAUGGCUAAGAACAUGCACCAGAGACUUGCCGGGCCUGCAUUGAUUGUCGCCCUUGGCCUUUGCGUGGUGGUUGGGAUCUUGGUCACCUUUGGACCUACUGCGGCUCCUUCGGAGCUCCUUUCCCAAGCGCGUCACAACCACAAGAUGCACAGGAUGCACAAGAACGGACUUGGUCUCAAGCACAAUGACUUGGCUUUGUUGGAGGACGCCAUGCACCAGCAGGCGAAGGAAAAGCAUCGCGCUUGCAUCAAGGAGUGCGAGGAUUCUGCUUGCAGGCACAAGUGCCACACUGCUCUCUCCCUCCACGCCGCCUCUGCGCACCACAACCACAAGUCUGCCAGCCUCCACUUGAAGAAGGCAGACCUCAAGCUCCUCCAGGAUGCGCAGCAGGCCAGGCACGAGGAUGAAGUGAAGCACUGCGAGAAGUGCAUCACCAGCGAGUGCAAGGCCAGCUGCAAGCAGACUCUCCGCAGCCUCAAGGCCCAACCCCAUGCUGCCAAGCAUCAGGUCAAUCUGGGACUCAAGGCUGACGACAUGGCGCUGUUGAAGGAUGCGCAGAAGAGGCAGGCCAAGGAAGAAGCCAAGCACAUGUACAUGCAGAACUCCGACCGCAAGGCGCUCAAGUCCAAGAGAAGCUCAUUGAACGCUAUCGACGAGGUCAACCAUCAGCCUGGGGAUGAUGGCAACGGCGAUUGGGCGCCGGGCAUGAGAAGCUCUGCCAUGCAGCAACUCAAGCAGGAGCAGAGGGAUGCAGCCAAGACUGCCAAGUUUGCCUAUGACACGGACAACGACGACUCUUGGUCCAACUAAACAGCCGUUGAGAGACGAGAGAAAGUCUGGGUAGAGUCAU